CGAAUUCAAAACCAGAAACGAGCACAGAAAAAAUAGCGAGCCAGAGAGAGCUAGAGAGAGAAACCUAGACUGCCAUAGAUACAGAGAAGAACCCGAAGAACAACGAACAUCAUCAAUCAUUCAAUCUCAAGCAAACCUUAGAGUUCAGCUUAAGAAGAGGAGGAAGAAGCAAACCAGAGGAAAAGAAACCAAAAAGGGUUGAGGAUUAUUGAUUCAUUACAUCAUCUUCAUCAUAUAUGUAAUGCAUCAAAAGAAAUCCGAAGUUCAGAUCGGAACAGAAAGCAGCGGCGUCUCUUCCGAUUUCAACCCAAAACCGCCUCUUCUCCCGAUCUAUCAUAAGCAUCUCCAUCAACAAUUCCAUACCCAAUCCUCCUCUUUCCCUCAAUCUGCCUCUAAUUUCCUCCAUAUCCAAAUCUCAAACCCUUCUUCUUCCCCACUAUGCCCUCAAUCUUCAACGAUAACAUCACCACCAACCCCACUAUCACCAACUGCAUCUGCAGGAGGAACCCAUCAAAAUCAAACCCAGAAUGAUUCUUCCAUCACAAACUCAUUAUUAACCAAGACCCUUCUCUCUACAGCGCAUAAGAGACCCAUUAUGAAUCAUACCCCUUCUUCCACCCUCUCUCACUCACCCACCUUAUCCUCCCUUCAUCAACACCACCACAACCAUCAUCACCAAUCACCCUAUUCGCCUUCAAAUUCUUCUUCUUCUUCGUCUUCACCCUGUCCUUCUCCUCUUCAGAUAUCGUUGGCCACCAGGGCUGCUGCCUUUCGCCUCCUCCGCCACUUACGACAUGUCCGCCUCCUCCGCGUUCACCUUCGUCUCCUUCUUCUAUUCUCCUUGCCCUCUUUCUACUUUUUCCUCUUCAACCCUCGCCGCUCCUUCCUACUUGAUUUCCUCUCCGCUCUUGCCUUCUCCGCCGUUCUUCUUCUCUCCAUCAACCUCGCCCUUCCUCGCCUACCUUCACUCCGUCUACUCCUCGCCCGCUCAUUCCCCUUGAAGCUCUCCUCUUCCUCCCCUGCCUCUCGAACUCGUACGCCGGUUCUUUGGUCAAUUGGGUCUCAGCAGAAAUCUGAGAGACGGAUCAAUUCGGGCUGUGCGGUUCAGGUUUACAGUAAUGGGGAUGUCUACGAGGGUGAAUUUCAUAAGGGCAAAUGCUCUGGUAGUGGUGUUUAUUACUAUUACAUGAGUGGAAGGUACGAGGGUGACUGGGUCGACGAGAAGUAUGAUGGGUAUGGUGUGGAGACUUGGGCGAGAGGGAGUCGAUACCGAGGGCAGUACAGACAAGGUCUUAGACAUGGAUAUGGAGUGUACAGGUUCUACACUGGUGAUGUGUAUGCUGGAGAAUGGUCGAAUGGGCAGAGUCAUGGGUGUGGAGUUCAUACCUGCGAGGAUGGAAGUCGGUAUGUUGGUGAAUUCAAGUGGGGCGUUAAGCAUGGCCUCGGCCACUACCAUUUCAGAAAUGGAGAUACCUAUGCUGGAGAAUAUUUUGCAGACAAGAUGCAUGGCUUUGGAGUAUACCGAUUUGCAAAUGGUCAUCGGUAUGAAGGAGCCUGGCAUGAGGGACGGAGGCAAGGGCUUGGAAUGUAUACAUUCAGGAAUGGGGAGACACAACCUGGACACUGGCAAAAUGGUCUGCUUGAUAUUCCAAGUACACAGAACACCCACCCUGGAUCUCCCAUUGCCGUGAACCAUUCCAAAGUAUUGAAUUCUGUCCAGGAAGCACGAAGAGCAGCAGAGAAAGCGUACGAUGUUGCCAGAGUCGAUGAUAGGGUGAACAAAGCUGUGGCCGCUGCCAAUAAAGCAGCCAAUGCAGCACGAGUUGCAGCUGUGAAGGCUGUCCAAAAGCGACUGCAUCACAACAGUGACAUUGAUGAUGUACCAAUUCCAAUCGUGUGACCACUAAUGCACUGCUGACCAUCAUUGUGCUCAUAGACCAAAUUGACAACAGACAUAACCUAAUCGAAGAGAGCAAGCGAAGGAACAACAGAAUAUCAUCACACAGAAUUUUCUGUAGCUGUUGCUUUUUCAUUUAUACUCUCAUUUCCUUUCUUCUUUCCUGCAUUCUCUUUCCCUUUUCGUGCAAGAGGAUGCAAAAUUGAGUUAUCUGAUUGAAACCACAUUCAGUUGAAGCCAACUGAUUUGAGGCACCGGUCAGUUUUCCUUUUGCGUCAAUGUAAUAUGUAUAUAGGAUGAGUUAGAAGUUUCAGUGAAGAUCUGGCACUUACCAGGUGCUUGUAGGUGGGGUUUUUUUUAAUUUUGUUGCUUCUUUUGUUCUUUACAUGUAAAGUGUAGCUAGCUGUAAUGCAAGUGCCAAGGCACCGAGGUGAAACUUCAGCCCAUGCACUUUGUUGUAUGUGAACUAUGGCUUUUGUAUAAGAGAUCGGGGGAGUUGGUGACUUUACACAACCACUCCCUCCUUUAUACCA